UCUAAUAAUUUAUAUAUUAUAUUUAAUUUAACGAUUUUGAUAAUUAAAAUGAAUCAAAUGGUUUCUGACUGUUUCCAGAUUUCUUAAUUGUUUGAAUAUGCUUUCCUGGGUAGAAAAAGAAAAUCAUUGAAACAUGUUUUAUGCACAGCAAAAUAGAAUAGAAUAAAAAGGGAGAAAUUAAAAAAAAAACUUGUUUGGCUUGUAGGAUAUUGAUGUUCUAAAUCAGGUUGUGUUGAGGACCCAGGCCUGAAAACCUAAACAAUUGAAUUGUUGUGCCAUCUCACGGAUGUUGAUUCUGAAGGAAUGUCACCAACACAUUCCGAUACGCAAUUGAGAAUUGAAGAACGAGCUCUUUCCGCAUCCGGUGCCGCCUUUGUGUCUGCUAUCAUCGUUAAUCCCCUCGAUGUCGCCAAGACAAGACUUCAAGCACAAGCUGCUGGUGUUCCCUACCAAGGUGUUUGUCAAUUGGCCAACACGACUCUACACGAUGUUAGAUGUUUUGCAAUUUCUAGUUCUGAGCCACCGCGGCCUUGUCCUUCCGGGUGUAACCGCUACAAAGGGACAUUAGAUGUUCUUUACAAAGUUACACGUCAGGAAGGCUUUAUGAGAUUAUGGAGAGGCACAAGUGCAAGUUUAGCAUUGGCUGUGCCAACUGUUGGAAUCUACAUGCCUUGUUAUGAUAUUUUGCGCAACAAGAUGGAGGGGUUUACAACUCAGAAUGCUCCAAAUUUAACACCUUAUGUUCCAUUAGUUGCGGGAUCAGCUGCACGUUCAUUGGCUUGUAUUUCUUGUUAUCCCGUGGAACUUGCAAGGACUCGCAUGCAGGCAUUUAGAGCAACCCAAAGUGGCAAGCCUCCAGGAGUGUGGAAGACAUUGCUUGGAGUCAUUCACCCUGUCAAGGGCACAAUACAUAGGUAUCGUUUCUGGUGGACUGGUCUUGGAGCACAACUUUCUCGUGAUGUUCCAUUCUCUGCAAUUUGCUGGUCAACCCUUGAGCCCAUUAGGAAAAACAUUGUUGGCCUAGCUGGUGAUGGAGCAAGUGCCGUCACUGUCCUUGGAGCAAAUUUUUCUGCUGGUUUUGUUGCCGGAACUUUAGCAUCAGCUGUCACAUGUCCACUGGAUGUGGCAAAAACUCGACGGCAAAUAGAGAAAGAUCCUGAAAGAGCAUUAAAGAUGACAACAAGAACAACAUUACUUGAGAUUUGGAGGGAUGGAGGAUUAAGAGGGCUAUUUACAGGUGUUGGUCCCCGUGUAGGUCGUGCUGGUCCAUCGGUUGGGAUAGUUGUUUCCUUUUAUGAAGUUGUCAAGUAUGUUUUGCAGCUUAGACAUCCUACUUCAUCAUAGAAUAUACUUGCAUUUUUUUUGCUGGAGGCUUUUAACUCCACUUGUAAAGGUUAGCAUAGUAGUGGAUUACGUCAAAGACAACAAUCUUUCAAUAAGUCAAAGACCACUCUCAUGCCCAGAAGAAUCAUGAUCCUGACAUUUCAAUGAGUCAGCAGACCACUCAUGCCCAGAAGAAUCAUGUUCCUGACAUUUCAAGAAGUAUCACUCAUCAGUGAACACCUACUAAUAAGUAACAAUCCAAUAAUUGUCUUUCUCAUGCCUAAAAAUACCCUUUGGAUACGCAUUGUGUAUAUUUUUCGUUGCUACAUUUGCAACAUUACUAGGAGAGUUAACUAGGGCCUUUACAUAUUGUCGGCAAGGUGAUUAGCUUGCACAGAGAAAUAAGUUUUGUUUUGUUUGAAUACGAAUUCACACAAUUCUUGUAUUUUAUGAAUUAUCAUAAUUCCAAUUCUUUAACUUUUUUUUAA